UUAUCAUAUCAGCCACACGCUUACGUUAGUAACCUUAGUUGAAAUCUGACACUCGGAUAUCAUUCUUGUGUUUUAAACGCGCUUUUUAUAUUAAAUAUUGAAUUAUUUGUUCCAGCUUCUAUACGAUCAAGGCUGUUUUACAAGUGAACGCGCGUGACAUACUCCGAUGUGCUGUGUAUAAUAUCGCACGUAUUUUCCUCAACGGCGAGAACAAAGAAGUCCUUUCGCGAAUUUAAUUUCAACACUUUCCAACUAGCGACGCACCAGCCUGUUGAUCUAACACGUGUCGCGUCCGUGCAUACGUGAAAACGGGAGGAUGCGAGCGUUCGACGCGCGCGUGCAAUAAAAAUCGAAUGCAAAAAUGAUUAAAAGGAACGGUGAUAAUGUAUUUGCGAUCGCGUCGAGUAACAAUCAGUGUCAAGGCGGUCGGAGCGCCGUCUCGCUCUGUCCCGGCAGCGGCGGCGGCGGCGCGGCCACGAGGAUCCCGCGCGCCACUGCCGCCAGGAUGACGCCGCCCGACGCGCAACAACACACCAAGGAGGCUAACAUCGCGAUCUCCACAUACGUGGAAAAGUGGAAAAACAGAUACGAGGAGGCUGAGCGAAAACACAAAGCAUAUUUACUUAAAACCGAAAAAGCUAAACGCGAGUACGAUGACUUGCAAAGGAGAUACAAUAUUCUGUUCGAGGAGAGACAGCAUCUGGAAUCGGAGCUCAGGGAGCGGUCUAGGGAGCUUAGCAAACUCAAGAAUGUAUCGGAGAAGCUGUUCAAUGAAUACCAGCAGCUCAAGAACCAGAGGGAUGUGGAUGCUGGAGUUAUGCACAAGGUGAUGCAGCAAGCUGGCGAGUGGUACAAGGAGAACAAACAGCUGAAACGGCGCAGUACCGCGCUCAUACAGGCACUGCCGCCCCGGGCUAUAGAGAUAGACUAUACUGACGCUAUUGACGCAGCUUCAGACACGAGCAGCAAUGAGGAGGUGGAGUUCCUGAAGAGUACAGUAGCGGAGCUGUCCGCGCAGGUGGCCGCCCUGCAGACAGAGCUGGGGACUGCCAAGCUGCACGAGUUCGAGGCUCAUGAGGCCAAUGUGGCUAUUGCUCAGGAGUUAGAAGCAGAGAAAGAGAAGUCAGCAGCGCAGGAGAAGGAGCUGCAGGAGCUUCGCAUCCAGCUGGAGAGACACAACCGGGUGUCCAAGCUACUCAUGGAGGAGGUCACCGGGUUGAAGAACAAUGCUGACAAGGAUCGCGAGAUGGCUGAGACAUACAGAACGGAAGCCCGCGCAGCGAAGAAGCGCGUGAAGUUACUGACUCACCAAAGCAGUCUGCUAAUGGGCUCCUUACUAGGCGGGGACCUACCGCCGGAUGAGAGACUGCAGAGACUGUUGCAUGAAGUGGACUGUCUCAAGGACGCAUUGGAGGACCAGGCACUCAGGCAUAGAGACCAGCUUGAUGAAUUACAGUUGAAACUAGCAGAGAAGCACGAGGAUACAGAUAUAUUACUAUGGGAGGAAAAGAUCCGCCUGGCCGAGGAAGACGCUCAGAAAGCUCUAGAAAGGGCCGAGGCUGCUGAGAGGAAACUAAGGGAGUUACAGCAAAAAACUGCUGCCAGACCUCAGGCCAGGGACAAGCUCAUGGCCAGGAUAUCCUACUUCGAGCAAGGUGGACAGAAGAAGAUGGAUGAAGUUAAAGAAGAAGUUGCCGCAGUUAGUGCUCCAACAACAAGCUCGUCACCACCACAGCCUCCAGAACCUGCCCCAAUUCCCCCACCAGCUUCGUCAGCAGCUCCCCCAGUCCCCCCUCCCCCUCCGGUGCCGCAAGCCCCGCCGCCUCCUCCUUCUCUGGCGGCGGCGCCCCCUCCUCCCCCUCCUCCGCCACCCCCACCACCGCCGGCGCCAGUAGCGUUCGAGUCGUCGGGCGCGGAUGACAUGGCGCAGAUGUUGGCCAACAAGAGUGGAACGCUUAGGAAGAGUAAACAGAAUGGAGCCGAUUGUGGUGGCGCGAUAGAUGCAAUAGUAGACCAGAUCAAAGGUGGGAAAUUCCACCUCAAGUCCACUGACCAGAAAUUCACGGAGAAGAAGGUGAAGGAGGAACAACCUGAGGCUGUCAAGGAGAUGCUGGCCAUACUCGGCACCCUACGCAAGAGGAGAACCACUGCCAGACCUGGGUUUGUAGAACCCGACGUGUAAGGAACGUGAUUAAGGAAAUAAAGGUAUAUAGACUUAUCUAUCAAACUGGCUGAAGUAUGUUGUG